GAAUAGGUGAAGGGAAAUCAACCACACGACCACCUCUUUUUGAUGGAACCAAUUAUACAUAUUGGAAAGAACGAAUGAGAAUCUAUUUUCGUUCCACGAACUUCAAAUUAUGGUUGGUUAUCAAAAACGGGGAAGAGGUACCGAUGAAGAAAGUCGGAGACAAGUUGAUCCCCAAGACUGAAGACGAGUUUGAUGCUGACGACAUCAAAAAGGUCGAGAAUUAUGCAAAAGCAAUAAACAUGCUUUAUUGUGCCGUAAAUCCUUAUGACUACCGCAAGAUCUCUUGCUGCUCAACCGCCAAAGAGAUGUGGGAUAAACUUGAGGUGACGUACGAAGGAACGGACCAAGUACGUGAAGCCAAGAUUGACUUCCUCACCCAAGAAUAUGAGAUGUUCAGGAUGAAGGAGCACAAGAAUAUCGAUGAUAUGUUCGACCGUUUUCCCAAGAUAGUCAACGAUCUUCAUGCAUUAAAGAAGACUUACACCGACAGGGAUCUUGUGCGAAAGAUCCUACGGAGCUUGACAUCCGAAUGGCGAUCCAAGGCCGAUGCCAUCUAUGAGUCAAUCGGCACAUCAACUGUCACCAUCGACGGUUUAAGAG